GCUUCUUGCCUUUUACCACCUCGCAGCCUCCAGCCAGCACCUACCCUCCGACUCCAGCUUCCGGCGCCCGGCCACGCCGAGUAUCACGAUUCAUUUGUUAAUACUUUCUCGACCCUCCUUCAUCCUCUCCCAUCUCCAUCUCCAUCUCCAUCCCGCGCCGCGAGCCCAGUUCGGCGCACCCUGAAGCGCGAGUGGAACGACACGCGGCACCACCAGACGACCGACAGAAUUGCUUAACCAUUGAAGAAGGAGUCCCACGUUGAGCAGCUCCAACAAACACCCCGACCGCACUCGCCAUGGCCUCUCCUAACGGAAAUAUCCUGCCUCCGCCGGCUCGUGCAUCGCCCAUUCCUGAAUCCUCAGUGCUGAAUGGCAAGCCAUCAUCGCCACUGGUUGCGACGAGUAACCCUCACCCCAAUGGCGGAACGACUGCGCCUCAGACUGUCACAUCGAAAGACCCAAAAGCAGCCGCACAAGCAGCUACGGACAUGAGAAAUAUCGUGCGCAGGAAACUCACAGGAUACGUCGGUUUCGCGAACUUGCCAAACCAGUGGCAUCGCAAGAGUGUGCGAAAGGGCUUCAACUUCAACGUUAUGGUCGUUGGUGAAUCCGGUCUUGGAAAGUCGACUCUCGUGAACACGCUGUUCAACACCUCCCUCUACCCACCAAAGGAGCGCAAGCAGCCAUCCCUUGACUUCGCACCCAAGACCGUCAGCAUACAGUCCAUCUCAGCCGAUAUUGAGGAGAAUGGCGUGCGUCUGCGCUUGACAGUGGUGGACACACCAGGAUUCGGUGACUUUGUCAACAACGAUGACUCUUGGCGACCAAUCGUCGAGAACAUUGAACAGCGCUUCGACGCGUAUCUCGAUGCCGAGAACAAGGUUAAUCGCAUGAACAUCGUCGACAACCGCGUCCACGCAUGUGUCUACUUCAUUCAGCCCACUGGACACUCCCUCAAGCCUCUUGAUAUCGAGGUGAUGCGCAGACUUCACACCAAGGUCAACCUCAUCCCGGUCAUCGCCAAGGCAGACACUCUCACCGAUGAGGAGAUUGCACAAUUCAAGCAGCGCAUUCUUGCCGAUAUCCACUACCACAACAUCACCAUCUUCGAAGGCCCCCGCUACGAGCUCGAUGACGAGGAGACCAUUGCCGAGAACAACGAGAUCAUGUCCAAGGUUCCUUUCGCAGUUGUCGGUGCCAACGCCGAGGUGUCAACACCAGAGGGACGCAAAGUUCGUGGUCGUCGAUACCCAUGGGGCGUCAUUGAGGUCGACAACGAGGAGCACUGCGACUUUGUCAAGCUGCGACAAAUGCUCAUCAGGACCCACAUGGAAGACCUCAAGGAGCACACCAACAAUGCCUUGUACGAGAACUACCGAUCCGACAAGCUCACCUCGAUGGGUGUCGCCCAAGAUCCUAGCGUGUUCAAGGAGGUCAACCCAGCGGUCAAGCAAGAGGAAGAGCGCUCACUGCACGAGCAGAAGCUCGCAAAGAUGGAGCUCGAGAUGAAGAUGGUCUUCCAACAGAAGGUCCAAGAAAAGGAGAACAAGCUCAAGCAGAGCGAGGAAGAACUCUACGCCCGUCACCGCGAGAUGAAGGAGCAACUCGACCGACAGCGACAAGAGCUCGAGGAGAAGAAGCAACGCAUCGAGAGCGGACGGCCCGUCGAAGAAAAGAAGGGCCGCAAGGGUGGAUUCUCGCUCAGAGGCUAGAAUGUAUCCUGACGCGAGGUGACUUCGAUUUUGAGCGUGUUGUUCAUGUUGGUCUCGGGAAGAACAGGUACGAUGAUCGGUGGGCGUACAGAGGAGCAGCGCCAUGUCUUGAAGGCCUGCCUGUACCCUCUGACAUCGAUACUGUCACCUGGGAACGGCUGGAGAUCUGUGGCACUGCGAGCAGGACUUGGCUACUAAUGUCACUAAUCUACAUUUCCUCUGCAACCAGUUUCUGGACAAGUCAUGCCAUCCGACCCAUUUCGCUCGCUCGACUCAGGUCGCCACCUACAACACUCUGUUAUGAUAAGGUUGCUGCUGCUGUACGGAACGGGAAAGGAUUAUUCUGAUGUUGUGAAAAAGAUACCAUGGAGCCUUGGCACUUUUAUUUGCUUCGUGUAUUGUACUAGUCUGGCUGACGUUUCCUUGUGUUAUAAGAGGGUAUUAGUCUACGGUAUACAGAGCUACCACUACUACGCUUUAUUGGCCUUGAUUGCAACGAACACCAGCACAGCAGACACUUCACUGAUCGAUCGAAGCGCUAGAUAGACCGGGAGAAGUCGUUGGUCUGAGGUAAGUCAAGUGUCCUGUUCACUGCUGGGUAGCCAUCAUUAA